AUGGCUGACCAGUCAAGCGUCCGGCAGAGGAAGAAAGGUGCCCGGGGCACCACUCCCGCUCCUGCCUCGGACGACGAAGUCUUACCAAAAGCCAUCACCAAAAAUGUUGCCUCGUCAAAAUCCUCAAAAAAGAAGGUCAACAUUGGCCAUCUUGUCACCUUUAGCAUUGUUACCGCUCUAGCCUUUGUCACAAGAUUCUACAAGUUGAAUCAUCCCAAUGAAGUCGUGUUCGAUGAAGUCCACUUUGGAAAGUUCGCAUCGUUCUAUCUCCAAAGAACAUACUUUUUCGAUGUCCAUCCACCAUUCGGAAAACUUCUGUUCGCCCUUAUGGGCUGGUUCGUCGGCUUUGACGGCGACUUCAAGUUCGACAACAUUGGAGACUCCUAUAUUGAUAACAAGGUCCCAUAUGUCGCCUUCCGCACAAUGCCUGCUCUCCUUGGUUCCCUCACUGUCUCUGUCGUCUAUCUCACCAUGUGGGAGAGUGGUUACUCCGUUCCUGCUGCUCUCCUCGCCGCCGGUCUCGUUCUCUUCGAUAACGCCCACAUUGGUCAGACCCGAUUGAUCUUGCUUGAUGCCACCUUGAUCUUCUCCAUGGCCUGCUCCAUCUUCGCUUAUGUCCGAUUCUACAAGAUGCGACACGUCCCAUUCUCUAGAAAAUGGUGGAAGUGGCUCCUCCUCACUGGUGUCGCCUUGUCUUGCGUCAUCUCCACCAAAUACGUUGGUGUCUUCACUUUCGUUACCAUCGGAACUGCUGUUGCCAUUGAUCUCUGGGGCCUCCUUGACAUCAACACCGGACUCACCAUCCAAGAGUUCGGCUAUCACUUCUUGGCUAGAGCAGUCGGAUUGAUUAUUGUGCCAUUCUGCUUCUACCUAUUCUGGUUCCAGGUUCAUUUUGCCAUCCUCUACAGAAGCGGUACUGGCGACGAUUUCAUGACCCCUGCUUUCCAGGAAACUCUGUCCGAUAACUUGAUGACCCUCUCCAGCACCAACAUCCACUACUACGACAAGAUCACCCUCCGUCACAAGGAUACUAAAGCUUAUCUCCACUCCCACACUGCCAGAUACCCCCUCCGUUAUGACGACGGCAGAAUCUCUUCCCAAGGACAACAGGUUACUGGAUACCCACAUAAUGACACCAACAAUCAAUGGAUCGUCCUCCCAGCUGCCGAUUUGGCUGAGCAAAAGACCGCCCUUAAAGUUAAGAGCGGCGAUGUCAUCCGUCUCCUCCACGCUGUUACUGAUACUAUGCUCUUGUCUCACGAUGUUGCCUCUCCAUACUUCCCAACCAACCAAGAGUUCACCACUGUCGACCGUGAAACCGCCAUUCAGCGUAUCAAUGACACUCUUUUCGAGCUUAAGGUCGAAGGUGUUCGUGUAGGACACGACUUCAAGACCAUGUCCAGCCAGUUCAAGCUCAUCCACUACCCUUCCAAGGUCGCCAUGUGGACCCAUACCAAGCCACUCCCAGAAUGGGGUUUCAAGCAGCAGGAAAUCAACGGCAACAAGAAUGUUCAACAGACCUCCAACAUCUGGUAUGCUGAUGAUAUCCCAUCUCUGCCAGAAAACGACCCACGUAACGAUAAGACACCAAAGAAAGUCAAGUCCCUCCCAUUCUUGGUCAAGUGGUUUGAACUCCAACGGGCUAUGUUCCACCAUAACAACGCCUUGACUUCGUCUCAUCCCUAUGCCUCCCACCCAAUCCAAUGGCCUUAUCUCCUCCGUGGUGUCUCCUUCUGGACUAAGAAUGAUACCCGCGAGCAAAUUUACUUCGUUGGUAACCCACUUGGCUGGUGGUUGGCUUCCUCCCUUCUUGCCGUCUUCGCCGGUAUCAUCGGAGCAGACCAGGUUACCAAGCGUCGUGGAAUUGACGCUCUGGACUUCCGUACCCGCUCAAAGUUGUAUAACUCCACUGGGUACUUUUUCAUCGCAUGGGCCACCCAUUACGUCGCCUUCUUCAUUAUGGGACGUCAGCUCUUCUUGCACCACUACCUCCCCGCCCAUCUUGCUAGUUCCCUGGUAACAGGUGCUCUGCUCGACUUUGUCUUUAACAGCGAGGGACAGGAUGAGACUGUUCCUGAGCAUGUGAAGGCUGCGCAGUCCAAUAAGAAGCCGGUGGUUAGAACUCUAACUGGUGUUUUGCCAUCGAGCCCCUCGGAGCCUAUCAAGGCUACAGCAUUGUCGUGGAUUGUAGGAAGCGUUGUUUUGGCCGUCAUCAUUGGAGGUUUCUUGUUCUUCGCUCCGUUGACUUACGGAACUCCAGGAUUGUCGGUUGAGGAGAUCCUGCAGAGGAAGUGGUUGGGAUAUGAUUUGCAUUUCGCAAAAUAA